AUGAUUGAUCAAACGACAACAACAAGAAAACGACAGCAUGAAUCAGACGAUGCCAAUGAUGUUAAACGAAAAGAUAUUAACGAUAGACGAUCUACAGUUGAACAUACUGACGUUCGAUUUGACUUUCUUGCUGAAAAUGAUGACGUAAAAGAUGGAAAUCUAUCUGAUUUAUUAGAGAAGUUAUAUGCCAUGAAACAACAACUGAAUGAAGUCAAAUCAUUACUUUCUGAUAAAGAUAUUGCCGAAUGGAACAGACAUACGGCGUAUAUGAACAUUGCCUCGACAAUUGUGCCGUAUUUACGAGAAAAAUUACAGAUUGAAGUCGGAACUCAGGCAUGGGCAAAGAUGUUCGAAAUUUUAGCUAACUUUUCAUUGAUCAAUUGUGAGGAAAAUGAACCAUGGCGAACAUUGCAUCUAUGUGAAGCACCGGGGGCGUUUAUUGCUGCUUUAAAUCAUUUCCUUGUCACUCGAGACAUGAAAAACAUCGAAUGGCGAUGGUUCGCUCAGACUUUGAAUCCUUAUUAUGAGCACGAUGAAUCAACAGCAUCGAUGCUAAUUGAUGAUGAUCGGUUAAUAUUUCAUACGAUGGAUGACGAGAAUCAUUGGAAUUUCGGGAUUGAUAAUACAGGAAAUCUAAUGAGUCAAGCUAAUAUUGAUUAUUACAUAUCGCAUUUUCGACCAAUGGGCUUUAGUCUAAUUACAGCUGAUGGAAGUUUCGAUGUACAAAAUAACCCCGGUGAACAGGAAUGUUUAGUGUAUCCGUUAUUGAAAACUGAAGUUUACAUUGCAUUGUCGUGUUUACUAACACACGGGAAUUUCGUUUUGAAAUUAUUCACCACAUUUGAAAAGAUGACGGUUGAUUUGAUUUAUUUACUCUAUCGAAUGUUCAGUCAGAUAUCAAUGUUCAAACCCAAGACAAGUAAAAAAGGAAACUCUGAGAUGUACGUGGUUUGUAUGGAUUUUCAACGCGAAAAGUUCGUGAAUUGUUUCACAGUCGAUGUACAACUCGAAUCUGUUUCAUAUUCCGCUUCGUUUCUUACACAACUACUUCAAUGUGCGCAAUUAUUUCAAUCAUAUCAGAUUAAUACCAUUCAGCAUAAUCUUUAUUUUUUUCAAAAUCUCAACCGACGAUUUAUGAAGAAAUUACAUAAACUCAAACAGCAGACAUUGGAUCGAUUCCUCAACGAGUGUCAAGUGCGACAAUUGCUGGAUACCGAUCGACAUUUGAUCAAAGCAGAUCAACAAUCAAAACAUAUUUACCUCGGAAAUCAACGGAUCACUCGAAUCGGUACGUUUCACAACCAGCAUCAAGUUGACUUUGAUAUCAUUCGGAAAAAAAUUCAAAGUGGAUUCUUUUGUUUAACUUGCACUAACAAUCAAGAGAGUGAUUUGUGUUCGCUCUGUCAAACAUUAUGUCGAAUUAUCGAUAACCCGCUUGUAAUAAAUCCUUGUGUAUUUGUUGGACAAAUAGUCGCAGAUAAACCGAUGAGAGUCGAUCUUGUCUAUGGGAAAGCAUCGGCAUAUAUACGAAAUUCUUGUUUUUCUAAUCGAUAUCUGCUCGAACUAUGCUCAAAUAUCAACACAACUAACACAUUCAUAAUAAAACAAGAAGAUCUAACGUCAUUGCGACGUAUUUCUUCAUCAGAAAUAUCUCAUCAUCAAUUUGAGCAACUCCAACUAUUCCUCGAUUACUGUCAGAUGAAGUUACAAUCACAAAAUGGUACUUACUACAUACAAUCCGGUCCAAUUCUUACUCGUUUACAAGCAUCUGUGAUAUAUCUCCUUGCUCGUCUAUUUGAACAAACCUCAGUCUACCUCAUUCCGUCAUCUUGCCAGCUGAUCUUUCUUUUCGAGAUAUCUCAAAGCCCACUACUCAAUCAACAUGAAUUCGAAAUAGUGAUGAAAAACUUUCCCACAUCUCCAUCACCCACCUUAUUACAAUUCAUCGAUAUUCACCAAUUGCUAGAUCAGCAGUUUGCUUCUCGUCUCAUUCAAGCAAACAAUAUGUGUUUACAAUUGCAAUAUGUCGCGUCAAAUAUCUAUUCACAACCAGAGAAAAACUUGAUGUUAACAACAUGA